UCUGAAAAGUGAAAUCCCAUGCCUAAAAUACGAGGGUAGUAAGUAGUUGAUCAGUUUUGGGGAAGUUAGGUGUCAAGAUAUCCUACUAACCUACUCCCAACUACAUGCCAUCAAUAUGAUAACCGAAGGCCACAAUACAGGAGAGAAAUUGGCGUUUUAAAUACCCUUUAACGAAUCCUUCUCUUAUUAACUGACUGGUUCAUUUAUGCUCUAGAUUUGAGGGCACCAUUUUCAUUUAGAUCUCCGCCACAAAUUUACAAUUAGGGCGUAAAAUUAAAAGGGUUUACUGCAAAUUUCAUCUUCUGAAUUGGGUUUUUCUCAAUUUACUCAAGAAAUGAAGGUCUUGGUUGUAACUCGAAGUGGAAGGGAGCUUUUGAAAGGCGGAAUCGAGCUUAAUGAUUCCGCUACUGUUGCUGAUCUACAGGAGGCAAUUCACAAGAAAACCAAGAAAUUCUACCCUUCCAGGCAACGAUUGACUCUUCCUCUCCAACCGGGAUCAAAGGGAAGGCCAACUGUCCUGGACAGCAAGAAGAGCCUCAAAGAGUAUUCUGAUGGUAAUCCCAACAACAUAACUGUGGUGUUUAAGGACCUAGGGCCCCAGGUUUCUUAUCGUACUCUUUUCUUUUGCGAGUAUUUGGGACCUCUGAUCAUCUACCCCAUCUUUCACUACCUCCCUGUUUAUCAGUACUUUGGUUACAAAGAGGAACGUGUCAUACACCCAGUUCAGACAUAUGCUUGUUAUUACUGGUGUUUCCACUAUUUCAAACGAAUCAUGGAGACCUUUUUUGUACAUCGCUUCAGUCAUGCAACAUCUCCCCUGUCCAAUGUGUUCCGCAAUUGCAUGUACUACUGGACUUUCGGAGCUUUUAUUGCGUACUAUGUGAACCACCCACUGUACACCCCAGUUAGUAAUGACCUUCAAUGGAAGAUUGGAUUUGGAUUUGGCUUGCUCUGUCAACUUUCAAACUUCUACUGUCAUAUCUUGCUGAAGAAUCUGCGGGGUCCUGGUGGAAGUGGAGGGUACCAGAUACCUAGUGGGUUUUUGUUCAAUAUUGUGACCUGUGCUAAUUACACCACAGAAAUUUAUCAGUGGGUAGGCUUCAAUAUUGCAACUCAAACUGUCGCAGGUUAUGUCUUUCUUGUGGUUGCUGCCGGAAUUAUGACUAACUGGGCACUUGCAAAGCAUCGCCGUCUCAAGAAGUUAUUUGACGGAAAAGAUGGAAAACCCAAGUACCCACGACGAUGGGUAAUAUUACCUCCAUUCCUGUAGAACAGAGGCGGUUUCAUCUUCAUUCAGGCUCUAUUUGAGUUAGCUCAAUAUCUUAAGCUAUGUCUUGCAUAAAUUAUUUGAGCUUCUUGUUCAAGCUGCUCAAUUAAUCACUGCUCAAUUAAUCAUGUUCUCGUUGCUGCAAACUUACUUCAGUUUAGUCAUCACUUCUGUCAUAUCUCUAGAAUCAUUUAAGCAAACUUUUAUCCCUUUUUGGUAUUUCCAUUACUCAAUCUUGGUAUUCCCAUCUUUCAGGAUGUAAUAGUUAAUCAUUCAAAUCCAUAUUUAUGGAUCUUCAAACGUUUAUUAGUUGCAUAACUUUAUGUCAAUCACUUUACCGAUGGAAA